AUGUCGUUACGUGAAUGUGGUUCAAAUCGGCUAAAACAGCUCGAACAAAAUUAUUUGAAUGUUACUGAACACAAUGAUGUUUUGUCGAUAGAAACAUUACUCGAUGCCAUUAUAUGCCUUUAUGAUGAAUGUUCUAAUUCGACACUAAGAAAGGAGAAAAAUAUCGCCGAUUUUGUUGAAUUUUUAAAGCCAAUAAUUGUUAAAGCAAAAGCACUAAGAUUAUGUCGCGAAGAUUUUGAAGUAUUGAAAGUGAUUGGUCGUGGAGCUUUUGGAGAGGUUGCUGUUGUACGAAUGAAAAAUACUGAAAAUAUAUAUGCAAUGAAAAUAUUGAACAAGUGGGAAAUGCUAAAACGAGCAGAUACGGCGUGUUUUAAAGAAGAACGUGAUGUACUGGUUCAUGGUGAUCGACGAUGGAUUACAAAUCUCCAUUAUGGGUUUCAAGAUGAGCGAAAUUUGUAUCUUAUAAUGGACUAUUAUGUUGGUGGUGAUUUAUUAACAUUAUUGUCGAAAUUCGAAGUACGAAUUCCGGAAGAUAUGGCAAGGUUUUAUAUAGCUGAAAUGGUUCUUGCUAUCGAUUCUGUUCAUCGUUUGGGUUAUGUUCAUAGAGACAUAAAGCCAGACAAUGUUUUACUUGAUAUUAACGGGCAUAUAAGAUUAGCAGAUUUCGGUAGUUGUUUGAAACUACUUCCCGAUGGGACAGUGCAUUCAAAUGUCGCUGUUGGUACUCCUGAUUAUAUAUCUCCAGAAAUUCUGCGUGCAAUGGAGGAUGGGCGUGGCAGAUAUGGUGCUGAAUGUGAUUGGUGGUCUCUUGGAGUUUGUAUGUAUGAAAUGUUGUAUGGAGUUGCACCUUUCUAUGCUGAAAGUUUGGUUGAUACAUAUGGUAAAAUAAUGAGUCAUCAAGAAAUGUUGGAUUUUCCUGAUGAUGUCGACAUAUCAGAGGAAGCAAAAGAUUUAAUGAAACGCUUAAUAUGUCCUCGAGAAUCGCGACUUGGUCAAAAUGGCUUUAGCGAUUUCGCUUCCCAUUCAUUUUUCAAAGGAAUCGAUUGGGAAACCAUUAGAGAAGUGGAUGCACCAUAUAGACCCGAAGUUUCAAGUCCAACUGAUACAUCUAAUUUUGAUGUGGAAGCAUGUUAUCCAGAUUUUACUCCUUGCAAUACUAAACCACCUAAUGUCACAGCACCUUUCACUGGCCAUCAUCUGCCUUUUAUUGGAUUCACAUAUACCCACGACAGUGUCUUGUCGGAUCAUAAAUGUUUGUCGAUGAAUGGACUUUAUUCAAGCGGUGAAUCUUUACCGGCGCUAACAACCGAAGCUUACGAAAGACGCUUGCAAAAAUUGGAACAAGAAAAAAUUGAAUUAGCCCGAAAAUUUGAAGAGGCGAAUCGUAUAAUUCAGACAAGAUUUCACGGUUCAACACCUGGAGGAGAAGCUGCUAUGCUUAAUAAUUGUAAAUAUGAGCAAACAAUUGCACAACUGAAGGAUGAAAUCCAGAUUUUAAAAAAGCGGUUAUCAGACGAAUGUAAUACAUCUUCAAGAUCAAAUAAAGAAGCUAAUAUCGAAGAGUUAGAACGAAAAAUAAAGGAAAUAAAGGAAAAAAACAGACAGUUGAUUUUGGAUAAACAAGAUCUUCAGAGGGAUCUCGAAGAAACAUCUGAGCGUUUGACGAUUCAGACAAGAGAACUGAAAGAAGCUAUUAAGCACAGGGAUCUCGCAAAACAGGAUUACGAUGAACUGAAUACAGCUUUACUUGAUGAACGGGAUCGCUGCAAACAACUUGAAAAGCAAGCGGUUGAUCGUGAAAAUGAAUGUCAUCAAAUGCAGCAAAAGCUCGAUGCCAUAAAAAAUGAAUUACGAAAGUCAGACAGUGCUCGUCAAGAUGCAGCGACAUUAAUUGAUCGUAUUCAACAAGAUCUAGCUAGUGAACGCCUUUUGCGCGAAACUCUUCAGACCAAACUUGCGUCUCAAGAUGCUAAAAGUGGUAAUGAUGAGGUUGAUCGUUUAUCAGUCGAAUUGCAAAAACUUAACAUGAGAUAUUCUGAAGUGGUUGAGGUAGAAGAAAAAAAGCGUCAGCAAAUCGUUGAAUAUUGGCAGUUACAAGUGGCUGAAUUGCAAAAUAAUAUCAACAAACAGCAAAUGGACUUAGGCAAAUUGAAAGAACGUCAUAAUGAAGAAAAGGCAGAAUGGCGUACGAAACACGAAGAACAGAUUGUAAAUAUUGAGAAUCUUUAUGAACGUAAACAAAAGCUUCUUGAAGAAGAAAAUCUGCGAAUUGCAGCUGAAAAUGAAGAACUGAGAAAAGAGAUUUCUCGGUUCGAAUCUGAAAUAAAUUCUCGAAUUUCUUCAUUGCCUUUUCCGGUUGCUUGUGGCCUCACUGAAAACCAACUACAGGAGUUGCUGCAGUGGGUAAAUGAUGAAAAAGAUGCUCGAGAUUCUCUUCAAAAUUUGGCUGCUCGGUUGUAUGGGGAUGUAGAAUCGCUUAAAAUGCUGCAAUCUUCUAGUAACGGCGGGCCUGUUUACUCUAACGGCGUGUCGCCAAUGUCAAGUCAGCCAUCUGAGCGUGGAGGGUGGAGUUCUCGACGUGUAAAUAAGCAAACAAAGAUUGAACUCCUUGAAGCACAACAGGCUUUGCAGUCGGAAAUUCGAGCAAAACAACAGUUACUUGACGAGCUAAAAAAUAUACGUUCCGCAUACUUGGCUACAAAGCAGCGGCUGGAUGAGGCGGAUAAGAAAGUGGCUGCUCAAAGUCGUGAAAUUGAUAGAUUAAACCAUGAUAAACAACAAAUGUCGCGGCUUCUCAUGGCUCAGUGUUCUGAUUAUAUGGACAGUAGUUCUUUCUUUAAUGUCGUUGGUGACACUAGUACUGAACGACAAACAGUGAUUGGGCGAUCUACGCCGUUGUUACGCGACUGUUGUGAUGUACCAAUUUUAACUGCAAAUACUCUUUACGAAAUUUCGAAUUCUUCUUUAUCGCGUCACAAUCAAUUACUCAAACAACAGUCGUUCACAAGGUUUGAGCUGCCGUAUUAUCUAGAGUUUUGGUUAAAAUGA